AUUGGCCCUUUGUUUAUAUUUGAUUUUUAUCGGAGUUUACUCGGAAACGAUCUUGUUACGAUGAUGUAACGAUUAUAUAAUCAUUAUAAUUUCAGGGAAAUAAUAUAAAAAAAAAAUUUAAAAAAAUACUUUGAACUAAUUUUACUGACUACAGAAAAUUGAAAGUAUUCACAAAAUUCAAAGUAUUCAAAACUGAAAAUCUAAAGCGGACCGGAUCAAGCAAGCUUUCAAGCCCCUUCUUUGUUUUUUAUCCAAUGGCAGGGUGUUCAAAUGCAGGUUACCGUCUCAUAAACCGAACUAAUGCACUGUUGUUGCCAAACAGCUAUCGACAUGCAGCUCAUGUCAUGUUGCAUAGUCCUUGCCAAGAUGGUAGAAAACUGUUUGGCCACUAUCAUCCUCGUCAUGCUGUCCUACUACAAUUAAGAUUUGAUGGAACUAUUGGUUUUCCGGGUGGCUUUAUAGAAGCUGAAGAAUCAAUAGAAACUGGUUUACGACGAGAAAUAGUUGAAGAAUUAGGCGCAGCCGCUGGGGCAAUAGAUUUAACGGAAAAAGAUCAUGUAGUUUCACAUAUAUGUCCUAACAAACCUGUUUGUUUGCACUUUUACUGCAAGAAAAUUGAGCUAGGUUAUUUACAGAAUAUUGAGAAAGAAGUUCAUGACUCACCACAGUAUGGACUAGAGACCCUUGGCGUUAUUCGAUGUCCUCUAUACACGAUGAAUGAUGAACGAGGAGGUUUGCCAUCAUUUUUGAGAAAUAAUUUCAUUGGCAAUGCCAGAGAACAGCUGCUUCAUGGUCUGAAUCACGAAGGACUUAUGUCGGAAGAGGAAAUCAAUAUCGCAGUAAAACUAAGUAGUAAAUUGGAAGGAUUUGAGUAAACGCAACCCAAGGCUCCGUUUUCAUUAUUUCAACAAUCUUUAAUAUCAGGAGAAGCAAAGAGAGAUGCUUUUUCUGCAUCUAGAAAAAGACUUCGGAGAUAAAUGGCCAGGCUUAUCGCCACAAUUAUAUUGAUGUAAACAGAAACGGUCAUAACCCAAUAUCUCUUUCAGGUGAUACAAAAAGUAAAAUCAUCGCCCAUGUGCCGCGCUACGACUUUUUUCCUUUAAUACAAGGUAGCCUAUAUAAAAACGUUAGUUUAGAUAUGACGUAAUUGUGCAAAUUUGUACAUAUCUAUACUACUAUUGUGCUUGCGACGUGAAGAUAUUUAUUAUAAAUGAAUGUAAGUCUCUAUAAACCAACAUAA